AUGUCAGAGAACUCUGAUUUACCAAAUGCUAUUUUGGCAAGAAUUAUAAAACAAGCUUUACCAGAGAAUGUGCAGAUUGCAAACGAGUCAAAGUUGGCACUGGCUAAAGCCGCUAAAGUUUGGAUACAUUAUUUAACUGCUUGUUCAAUAGAUAUAUGUCAAAAUGCUGGUAGAUCUACAUUAUCGGGUAAAGAUGUUAUUGCUGCCCUCGAUGAGAUUGAUUUCUCUCAAUUCAUAGAACCAUUAGAAGAGUUUAUUGCAGUUACAAAGAAAGAAAAAGAAAGUAAAGAAAAAGAAAAUAAAGAUAGUAAAGAGAAAGAUACAUCAUCAAAAGAUAAAGAUAGCAAAGAUAAUAAAGAUAAGGAUAGCAAAGAUAGUAAAGAUAAAGAUACAACCUCAACCUCAACUUCAACUUCUUCAUCAACAUCCAAAGAUAAGAAAUAA